GUCUACUUAAAUUAAAAUAGUUGAAACUAUAGACAAUCCUCAGUACUUCAUAUUCGUUAGUGUCACAUCUACAAGAGAUUUCCAAUUAUUAUUAUUGCACAGCGUCCAUCGACAUUUGCCAUCGUGAAGUGGCAUAGGGUACAGCACCCAGCCACGGUCCGCUAGGACGGUGUCAUGACAUCCUCGUGAGGGGUUGUUCCACCGAACUCCAAGGAUAGACCUGCAGGUUUCUAUUGGUGGUUUGAAAAUGUAGGCGGGGUUCUCAGAGCUCCGCUGACCAAAAACAGGGAACGUGCACUAACUCGAGAACCAGCCGAGUUGCUCAAGUUAAUACUUGUUUAUUUAGCGUUGCAUUUAAUGGUUAGAUAUACUAAUGGACUGGUGUAUAAUAUAUUAGCCUCCAGCGCUCGGCUCCGUAGGAGGUGAUGAAUUCCACUGCUACCAUGUCCCCCCCUACUGCCAUUGUUGCCAUGGAGACCCAGAGCAUGACAUCUGACCUUUCAGCCAAAUCCUUCCAACAUGCUACUAUGGGAAAUUACACCCCCCUGAAAGCAGCCCCAACUAACGCCACAGGUUGUACUUGGCUGGUGGCCUUGACGGCGGUCGCAGCGUCUCUCAGUGGUCUGAUGUUGGGUUACGAGUUGGGCCUUACCUCCAGCGUGCUGCUCCAACUCAGGGGCGUUCUCUCUCUGUCCUGCUGGGAACAGGAGGUCCUGGUGGGGUCUCUGCUGCUGGGCUGUCUGGUGGGCUGCCUGGCCGGAGGCUGGGGCCUGGACCGCUACGGCCGCCGCUGGGCCAUGUUGCUGUCUGGGGGCCUGGUGUCUGGGGGCACGGCCCUGGUGCUGCUGCCCGCCUCACUCACCACCCUGUCACUCGGUCGCGCCGUGGUCGGCAUGGGUGCCGCCUUGUCAGGGACCGCGGCGUGCCUCUACAUUGCGGAGAUCGCGCCACGGGAACGCCGGGGCUUGUUAGUGACCCUGUACGAGCUGAUGGUGGUCGUAGGCGUGCUGCUGGGGUUCGGCUGCAGCUACGCUUUCUCCGCUUUCCCAGACGGGUGGAGGUACACCUUCGGGCUCGUCCUUCUGCCCGCCAUCCUACAAGCUGCUGCCCUCCUGCUCCUCCCACCCAGCCCACGCUUCCUGGUUGCCAAGGGUGACUCCGAGCGGGCCAGAGCAGUGCUGGCCCUCCUGAGAGGCAUGGCCGGCGGCGAGGCCGUGGAGGAGGAGCUACGAGACAUCCAGGCUGGACUGAAGGAGGAGGCGGAGCACGGGUUCUGGGAGCUGUUUAGUGACAAGGCCAACCUGCGCUGGAGGUUGCUAACGGGCGUGGCCUUGGUGUUCCUCCAGCAGGCGACCGGUCAGCCCAAUGUCCUGUCCUAUGCCUCUCCACUGCUCCGCAGCAUGGGCUUCCACAGCGAUGCCGCGGCAACUCUGGCCUCCACAGGCUUCGGUGUGGUGAAGGUGGCCGGGACCGUUCCUGCUGUCCUGCUGGUCGACAGGUUUGGGCCCAAGCGCUUCUUGUGCAUCGGAGCGGUCGCCAUGGCGAUGUCGCUGGUGACCCUGGGGGCAGUCACCUUUCAGAGCCACACCCACCUUACCAGCCUAUGCCAGAGCCCCGUUGAUCUAAACCACACCCACCAAGGGCGGGACCUGAACCCGAACUCAACACACUCAGGAUUGGACAAUGGCUCUUUCAAAAUAACCACACACUUCGUGGACCAACGGAAUGCCAGUGACUUAAACACUACUACCUCAAGAUUGGACUCUGAUUAUUUCAAAUUAACCACUCCCUUUUCCAGUGAAAACCAAUGGAAUGCCAGUGACUCUGUGGAAGCUAUGACGACUAACAGAGAGAAUGCAGGAAGGGCGUCACGGGUUAGGAGUCAGGAUUACGUGAAUGUUCCUCCGGCGCUUAAGUGGAUCUCCCUGGUCAGCCUCCUGGUUUAUGUUGCUGCUUUCUCCUUCAGCCUUGGACCAAUGGUGUAUGUGGUGUUGAGUGAGAUCUUCCCAACAGGGGUCCGGGGGAAGGCGGUGUCUGUGGUGUCUGCUGUUAACUGGGCCACCAACCUGCUGAUUUCCAUGACCUUCCUCUCCAUCACAGAGAGAAUUGGUGUUCCCAACAUCAUGUUCCUGUACGCCACCAUGAGCUUUGUGCUGCUGGUCUUUCUCAUCUUCUUCAUCCCAGAGACACAGGGAUGCACACUGGAACAGAUCUCUAAAGAACUAGCCAAGAAAAAGCAGCUGAAGGUGCGGUUCUGGCAUCGAGUUCGACCCCAGGAAACUCUGUUCACCAUCCAUGGGACCCCAGACCGCUCAACCCUGACCCCUGGUCCUCUCUCUGGCCUUAACUAGCUGUUCACAUCAGAGGGACUCUGCGGGGAGUGGGAGGGAGGUGAAAAGAGAGGGGAGGUAUUGGGGAGGUUAAGCCAUCUGGGCUUAUUGCCACUCCAGUUCUGGAGGUGUUAAACAAUAGAAUUUUUUAUGAAUUUAACAGAAACCCCCAUGGGUGUAUUUGCCCCAGCUUUCCCAGCAUGCAUUCUGUUUGAGGUACAAGAGGACCGUUGAAAAAUGCCUGCGUACACUGAGCCCAUGAAUCGGUACAACCAGCCUCUAAGUAGCUUCCUGUCCAGUGGUGUUGUUACAGAACUGUGUCCCAAAUUUCACCGUAUUCCCCAUGUAGUGUACUACUUCUGAGCAACCCUACAGAGCUCUGCAGAGGGAAUAGGGUGCCAGACGGCUAAAGUAGUGCACUACAAAAGGAAUGGGGUUUACUGGACCAUGAUUGUGCACAAGACGAAGAGUGGCUGGGGUUUCUCUUGGACUUUGGGAUGGGGAUGUUUUUAAACACAAGUUGCCAAACUAUAAAGACAGGAGAUAGAAAUGUCUGUUGACAUUUUCUAAUAAUAAAACUAGAAAAUCUGGUAAUAAUAAA